CCGACUACAAGCAGUGCUUAGCCGGUGGAUUCCCUUCAGGCAUAUCCCUUUCUUCCUGAGUGUCUGAUGUUUGCAAGAUGCAGAAGGAAGGCGGAUCGAAGAAUGGAGGCUGAAGCUGUAGGGAAGAGGGAGAAGGAUGUGGAAAAGUGUAUUUAUGGCUGAUUGAUGCACAAAACUUUUGCCCUAACCCUUGCAUGCCCCAUUUUUUAACUCUUUCGAAUCUCCCAAAUGCAUUAUCAGCCCCAUACUUUCCUCUCUUCUGAUGAAGUACUCUUAUCUCUGCCUCAACCAUCACUUGCCCAUUCUCUGUUUCCCAACUCUUCUGCUGACGCUGGCUGCACAACCGAUCCUCUGGACUCGGUUUCAAAUGUUCAGAAAUUGAUCGUCCAUCAAGUUCGCCCCAUAAGAUAUGGACCUGCUGUCGAAACUUCUCAAGGGACUUUCGACAUACCCACAGUUUUUCACAGUUCGUGGUGGGACAGUUGGGUGCGUCAAAUUAACCAAACCAAAACCAACAACCCGUUGCGAUGUGAGGUUUGCAAAAUUGAUCUUAAUAGCAAGAGUGUGUUUGAAGACCACAUAUCAGGGAAGACACACAAGAAGAGCAUACAAUUGCACAAUAAUCCGAACAACACUAUAUCAUCUGGAACUGCUAAUGUAACUUUUCAAAUCCAAGAGAGUGGUGUCCAAGGACAAGAGCUGCUUGUUGAUGCAGACAAGGAUUUAAAGUCUAAGAAACAGAAGUUUUUGAUCAUGGGGGAAGCAGAGCUCGCUGAUCAGGCUGUCAAAACUUCUCAAGGGACUUCCGACAUGCUCACAAUUUUUCAUAAUCUAUGGAGGGACAAUUGGGUGCGUCAAAUUAACCAAACCAAAAUCAACAAGCGAAUGCGAUGUGAGGUUUGCAAAAUUGAUCUUAAUAGUAAGAGUGUGUUUGAAGACCACAUAUCAGGGAAGAAACACAAGAAGAACAUGCAAUUGCACACUAAUCCAAGUAACACAGUGUCAUCUGCUAUCGCUAAUAUGAAUUUUCAAAUCCAAAAUAGUGGUGUUCAAGGACAAGAGCCACUUUUUGAUGCGGACAAGGAUUUAAAGUCUAAGAAACGGAAGCUUUUGAUCAUGGGAGAAGCAGAGCUCGCUGAUCAGCAGGCGAUGGAUCCAACAAAUGAGCCAUUGGAAAAGUUGGACACUAGUAAACAAGAGUUGAUCAAUUCACAUAAACCAGAAAUUGCAUUCAUGUUAGAAGCUCCAGAAAAGGACGUUGAAACAAAGAAACAGAAGUGUGAACUUGAAUUCCCUUCUAGAUGUGAAAUUUGCUCGAUCGAUUGUAAUAGUAAGAAAGUAUAUAUCAGUCAUUUAUCAGGGAAGAAACACCAGAGGAACCUGGAGAAAGUGUCACAAUCUGAAGAUAACAGAGCCAUUGCUAGUGUAGCCAGUGCUGCUGCAGCCACUAUGACAGAAAUUGAUGUGCAACAAGCAACAAAACAAGCAAUUGAGCCACAGGAAAAGCUGGAGACUAGUCCACAAGAAGGUAUGGAUACACAUGAAUCAGGAAACAUAGUCAUUUUUGAGGCUCCAGAAAAGGAUACUGAGACAGAGAGACUUAGAAUUGAACCUUUUGGUGGGGCUGCAAUUACUUUUUCCAUAGUGUGCGAACUAUGCAACGCAGCAUGCAACAGCGAGACGGUCUUUAAUUCGCACCUCCAUGGGAAGAAACAUGCUGCUAUGGCGAAGAAGCUGACAAUGUCAAAGUAGCUGGUUUCCAAGUGAGAAAAUUUCGUAAAUUGGCUCUUGAAAACCUGCCAGGUGAUAUUAGGCGUGGAGCAUGAGUAUUUGAAUAUUGUGAUGACGACAAAUUACUCCUGGAGAAAAAGUCGCCAUUGUGCUGAUUGGAUGGCAAGAGCAUCUAAUAGCUCUUGGGGGGAAGGUAUGUGUCUAUAUAACUAGAUUUUACUUCCCUGAGGGAUGCAUGGGGAGAUUAAAAAGUAACAGUAAUUUAUAGAGGUUAAAAUUAGUAGUACUUUAUUAUUGAUGACAAUUAUUAUCUUAAUAUGUAAAUAUAAUUUAAUAUAUG